AUGCCACCUCUCCCACAAAACGGUCACUCAUACCCACCUACCUCCUCAUCUUCAGGCUACCAACCUCUCUCUCGCACUUCUGAAGACGAUCUUGAAUCCCAUUCUCCCUCCUCCUCCUCCUCCACCUUACAAGGUCGCAUGGCACAACGCCGCUUCGUCGCAUCACCCUCAUCAUCCCUCGCGAACGACCCCACAGACCUUCUCAAGUCAUUCCUUUCCGAUACACGCUCCAACCCUCACCAUUCUCAGAAGCUUUCGCUGCGAAUUCAUGUCUCCAAUGGCAAAGUGAUAGAGGUCCCGCUGGCAGAACUGACAGAGCAAGACUCGUUACCGUAUGCCUUGGCUAAUGACAUACCUUGUUUGCGGGGCCUCCCCACCAUAGGGCCGUUGAGUUUUGGGGACAGGGUGAAGGGAUUCUUUCGACUGCUCAACUCCACCAGCGAUCUGGGGGAUGCGGGGGAACAGAAGGCGUUGCAAGUGUAUAACAAGUCUCAGAAACGGACGCUUUAUGCGACUCGGGAAGAGAUCGUUCGAUACAAUGAGCGAUUGCGAUCUGGUAAGUUGCCCCCGUGGACACCGCUUAAUUCUACCGCUUCCGCCCCUCUACACACACAGCAACAGGAGACGGAAGAAGAGGAGGGGGACGAAGAAGAAGCAGAUGUAAAAGGAGGCGAUUUUGAUCUCGGCUCUGUUUUCGCCCGUAAACGUAAACGUACAACUACACGCCUCGUCUCAAUUCCUUUGCAGGAAGCGUUUGAGAGGUUCAGUGACGAUCGUCAUUUCUCCAAGAUUCUCAUUUGUAAGCGUUGUGUUUGGGGCUGGGACAUGUCUCGACUUCAAAGAUCCCUCCAAUCCCUAUAUUUGGAAGCGGAUGCUGGGAAAGGGAAGGGUAGAGCCCACAAUUCGGAAGGAGUAGAAGUGACGAUAGAGGUAGCAGGGAUGAAUGAUGGACCGAUGUACAACGUUGUUUGGGUCCCAAUACCGUUUCUGACACGGCGAUGUGGGGCGUUGUUCAACCCGCAUGGUUCAUUGUUGGCUAUCUCGCUACUGACAGGACUGUUCGUUGGAAGUGUGCUGCUAGGGCUGGUUGCGAACACGCUGGUGUUGAUAGCAGGGGCGUUGGGGCUGGUGGGGUGGGGCGGGAUGAUGUACUUGAUCAGAACGCAGAAUAGGUGUGUGUAUGAUACUGUGGGGACGGCGUAUUCGCUGGCACCUAGGUGGGUGCGCAUACCUGAUGCAGACCCAAGUUGGAGCCAUGAGCAGGUAGUGAACUCGCUCAAAUCUCACGACGGCGGUAAUACUCCAACGAUAGAGAAACGCGGCGAGGAAGGGAACUGGUUCAUGCAACGCGGAAUGGAUCAAGACAAAUGGCUUCAAUCGCAUCGAGAACAGAUACUGCACUUACUUUCGCAAUAG